ACUUAAAAAAAACGAACUAUAGGCACCUUACCCUAUAUGUGUGAUCUCACUUUUCUACCUUAAAAGAAUGUGUUAUUUCUUUUCAAGAUUUUGUUUUGUGAAUUUCUUCAGUUUAAAAGAGUGCAAAAGAGGGAAAUGACUCCAUUGAAUUUCUUUGUCAGUCUGACAAUUAUUGUUAAAACUUAAAGUUGUUUCAUCCGAUGGGAUAAGAUAGGAUUGUGAAGAUAUUCGCACAAAAAAAAACUUCAGGAUUCAGGAUGUCUGGUGGUGCAAAGGCUAAGACAAGACCCAUUAUUCCUGAGAGUGCUACUCCAAUUGAUAAAUUGAAGAUAACAAUAAAUAAAGGAGGUGUAAUCACUGAAGUGGAUGCCAUUCACGCCGGCUGGGCCGAGCCGAGGGAGUACGUGCCGUUCAGCUGGCCGCCCGAUGAACCGGUCGAACAGGCCGGCUGGCUGGCCGGUGUCGAGCUGCUCAUUGAGGACCUGCACUGGCUGCUGCGCCGGCCCUACCACAGGUUCUGGUCUCAGGUGGUGUACGACCUGGCGCUGGCCGAGUGUCUGAGCACCACGCUGGAGACGCUGCCGCGGCCGCACGAGCUGGCACUGCUGCCGGCCUCCCCGGCCGUCCGGCAGGCCGUGCAGCAGGUGGCGCUGCUGGUGCUCAAACUGGCCCUCCGAAUGGCCACAUACAAGGAGAGCAAGGAGAACCAGCUGAGCCCGGCACUAUUCGCCCAGCUGGUGUACGACAACUACCUGUGGGACAUGGCGCGGCUGAUGGACCUGUGCGCCGUCUACUCGGUCUCCAACUGCCAGCUGCUGAGCCGGCAGCUGGAGUCGCUGUUCACCCACCAGCCGGCCUAUGUGCAGGAUCUGCAGCUGACUGUGCUGGAACUGCCGCAGCUGCUGGGCCGGGUCGAGGAGCGCGUGGCCGGCACAGAGCUGGGCAAGUCCCUCAGCUGGACCGAGCUCUGGGACGUGGUGCAGUACGUCACCGAUCUGGCCACCUCUCUGGACGCCUUCCUGCGCGUCUACCCGGCCGGCAGUGUGCCCUUCAGAGAGACUGGCGUACUGGUCAGAAUAGCCUCAUUCUACGACACGGUGAUACCGCGACUGUGGCGGCGACUGGAGGCGGAGACGCAGGCUGAGGUUCCGCCGCCGGCCGAGGUGCGGCGCCACCUGCUGCUGUGUCGCGCUGCGCUCAUCUCUGUGGUGCGCCGGGCGCUGGAGUACUGCUGUUUGGAGCCGCUCCGUGAAGAGCAGACGGCUACAGAGGCGGUCGGUCGGAACAGGGAGCGUCUGCUCGACUGCGGUGAGCGAUACCUGGAGGUAAUGACGGAGUGUCUGGCCGAACAGCACUUUAUGGCCGACUACCACCUACAGCACCCGGUCAACGAGGAUGUACUGACCGUGCGACAGGGCUGCCCGGACCUUGACCCUGCGCGACUCGACUACGUCCUGGACGCCGUGCUCAGCGCCGUACCGCCGGCGGCCGCCACCCCGCCCGAGCCCGCCCCCGCCGCGGCGGACCCGGCCGGGGCCGGGGCGGGGGCGGGGGCGGAGGACGGGGGCGCAGAGGCCGGGCCGAUGGUCGACGGUGUCGAGCUGGAGUCGAUGGUGUCCCAUGUGCAGGAUCUGCUGCCAGACCUUAGUCGCAGCUUCGUCAUGGCCUGUCUGGAGCACUACAACUUCAGCUCGGAGCGGGUCAUCAACGCGCUGCUGGAGGACUCACUACCCCCGUCACUGGCAUCGCUCGACCGAACGGCGGAGGCGGCACUCCCCCCGCCGCCCGAACCGGCCCCCACCCCCGCCCCGUCGAGCGUCCUCUCGACGCGACGGAACGUGUUCGACGGAGACGAGUUCGAUGUGAUGAGUCGCAAUGAUGUCGACCUGAGUCGAUUCCACAAGGGCAAACGUAUGACUGAGGCGCGGCUGGCGCGCGAGCUGGCGGACAAAUCGUCCCUGCGCGAAGCCGGCCAGCGUGAGCGGUACCAGCUGUUUGGAUCGCUAACCACGGACGGUAGCGUGUACGAGGCGAUACACUAUGAGGACGAGUAUGACGACACGUAUGAUGACGUCACCACGGGUCAGGAGGAACCCAAGGAGGAGGCCGAGGAGGACAGCGGGCCGGUGCCCCUGAACCAGCCGCUGCCCAGCUCCCGGUGGCGGCGGCCCGACCCGGCCGCGGAGGAGGACCAGGAGACGGCCGGGCCGCGGCGCGACCACUUUGUCCAGGAUCCGGCCGAGGUUCGCGCCCGGCAGGAGGCCCGCCGACAGGAGCAGCAGCAGCGGCGCCGCGGACGGGGCCGCGGCGGCCACCACGGCCCGCCGCUUAACAGGGACGUCGUCGGCGCACCGCGCGGCCAGGGCCAGGACAAACAGGUUCUGCAAAACCGGCGGCGGAAAAAACGAACAGAAGUCUACCCAGCACCGGCGCGGCGCCGACCGGAAGCAGAGGGGCGGCAUGUUCUAGGCGCAGCGCGCGCGGCGUCUGUUGGCUGUGUUGGCAGAGUGCCGGGGCGGGAGGCGGGUCCCCGUCCGGUGGCUGUGGCGGAGAGCCGGGCGUGCUCAAGAGAAAGGCCAGCACCCGAGUGUGAUCGACUUGGUUGACCGGUGUAUCUGCUGUGUAGAGCGGAGAUUCAGGGCCCAGCGCGUGGUGUCACGUGAGUUAUAUCGCACAUUGACAGGCACCAGCUGCGUCCUAACCAACCUUUUCACAGGCGGAUGGUUCUCCAUCGCAACGCCCAAAAGCCCGGACCAGAGUAUGCGAGCAGGGGUACCGGGACGACGUCGUGCUGUUUACGUGCAUUUUUAUCUUGUUGUGUGAUGCAGUGUCACGAAGAUAUUUAUCUUUUUUCGCACGCAAAGGUGAUCGAUCGACAAAUGAAGCUGUGUAUUGAUGAUGAA